CACAAAAGGUAAAAACAUCAGACCAUAUGUUUAAUUGCAUAUAUUAUAAUACAAGAAGAAGAUUGCAGGUUUUAAUCACAUUCUCUUAUAAUCUUCGCCUCUGAGUGGUUACAAAACGAGAAAUUAUCAUGGAUGGAAAAUUGUUGAUAUUUUUGAUGGUUUCCUGCCUUACCAUCUUUGAAAUAGAAACAAAAAUGAUUGUAAAAGAAGAAGCAAAAUUGAGAAAAAGAAGUGUUGAACUACCACCUUUAGAACCCAGUUCAAAUAGUUCCGAUGCAGACAUAGAGACAGACACAGAGACAUCUUCUAGUACCUCUGACAAGUCAUCUUCUAGUAGCUCUGACACGUCAUCUUCUAAAAGCACAUCUUCUAAAAGCACUGAUUCUUCAUCUUCAAAGUCAGUGUCACGAUUUCAAGUCCUAAGGUGUCACCCUGAGAAUGAAGAUGGUACCAGUCAGUCAUCAAAUUCAUCAGGAUCUGCAUCACCAAGUAAAUAUAAAAGUGGAACCAGUCAGUCAUCAAAUUCAUCAGGAUCUGCAUCACCAAGUAAAGAACAUAAAAGCAAGAGUAAAAGUAAAAGUGAGGGUAAAUCAUUGUCAAGUUCAAGUAGUAGAAGCUUCAACAAACCAAGGAAUGGAUCAGUUGUGAUGCAAGAUUGUGAUGAUGGGGAAUUUUGUGCCCUCACCUGUUCCUCUGAUAUGCCAAAAUGCUUUCCAUGUCCUUGUGCCAUCGCACCAGAUCAGUGUAUUUUGGUUUAUGAAAACUAUGAAUAUAAAGUGAGUUGUAACUGUGAAGGAUCUGGCUUCUUCGGCCCCACAUGUGAAUAUGACAUAAAUGAGUGUACAGUCCCAGAAUUGAAUAAUUGUGAUGCAAAUGCAGAAUGUACAAAUACAAAUGGAAGCUAUACCUGCACAUGUAAAGAAGGAUUUAGCGGUUCAGGGGAGACGUGCACCUUCACAGAUUUUUGUAUAUCUUCCGAAUUUAAUGACUGCAAUGUAAAUGCACAGUGUACAAAUGUAGGGGAUUCUUAUAACUGUACAUGCAAUGAGGGAUAUUCUGGAGAUGGUGUGACAUGUGACAACAUUAAUGAAUGUUCAAUUGACCCAGACAUUUGUGGUGCAAAUGCAUUUUGUUCAGACACUCCAGGUAGCUAUGCUUGUACCUGUAAUGAGGGCUACGUUCUUUUUGGAGAUCCUCCAAUUUGUGAUUUUGAUGAUUGUGCAACCGACCCAUGUGACAUUCUGGCAACUUGUACGAACGCAAUAGAAUCUUAUACAUGCACAUGCAAUGAAGGAUUUACUGGGCAAGGAGGACCAGAGCAAUGUUCACCUUAUUAACUGGUGACGAUCAAGAAGAUGGUUUCCGAGUAUAUA